UAUAGGAGGAGUUUGUGCAGGAAAUGAACAGAACAGGACUAGCUGACUAGACUAUAAUUAUGCUACUGUUUAAUAGGCCACUGCAGAACUUUUUAAACUAGAUCUCAUAGAUCGAUCUAGAUCUACCAGCCUUGGUGAGAGUACGUGUCAGGGCUGCCCUGAAGUUAGUUUAUUCAGUCAUCUCUCCCACGAUCCUGUUAAUGUUAAUGGCUGAGUCACAAGGAAAAAGUCGAGAGAAGUUGAUCUCAGACACUGUGUGGAGAAAGAACAAGGAAAGCAUCCGAAAAAAUCUUAGCAUCAGAGUGGCUUUUGAUUUUUUAGUGCAAGCUAAAAUAGUUCCCCAAGACGCACAAGAAGCUUACGUAGAUUUACAAACUGAAGUUGACAAGAGAAACCGUAUUAUUGACUCUAUCCCGAAGUGUGAGCAAUACGAUUAUUUAUUGAGGUUCAUUGAGUGCCUGAAGAAUACUUAUAAAGAGGCUGGAAAAGCUCAUGAAGACUUGGUUAAACUGCUCGAGGGUGAUUAUGAGGAAACGAAAAAGGAAAUGAAAAAUGAUAGCACAACACGCACAUGUGGAGCAGCACUAAAUGGAGCAGCACUACCACCUCCUGUCAACUCAAGUCAACCAACAGCACACACACACACAGCUUCUCAGCCUCCAGAAGUAUCCCUACCCUCUAAAAGCAGCAGGGCAUUGACGGCGUUGAAGAUGAACUGGCGAUGGGUUGUCGCAUAUUCCGCUUCGUUGAUCUGGCUAGUUCUGGGAAUUAUUGUUGCCGUUGUGCUCUCUCAAGUACCUCAGACAAGAACGAGUCUCCCCGUUAUGAUAACAGGACGAAGGGACGCUCUAAUGGCCGAGGUUGACUUGGGUAUUGAUCCAUUUUGGAUAUCGUCUGCCUCCUUUCGUCUCACUACAGUAGGACAGCAACAAGUAUCGCCCUGUACUGCUGGUCUGUAUGUAUUGACCAAUCAAACUUGUCAAACGUUGCCUAUGGUGACCCAAGAGUUCGAUAUGAAUAAUCUCCUAGCUUCACCGUUCUAUCUACUGGAAGGCUCAACCUUCAACAUCACUUUAGGUGCACAUAACGAUUCGGUGAAAGAGUUUAUUGAUGUGUGGUAUGUUGAAUCUACGACUACCAACUGCGACCGUGUCUUUGGAGAUUGUGAGCAACCCCCCAGGGCAACAUACACAUGUCAGCGAGGGCUACGUGGAGAGACACUACCUGUUUAUAGAGUUAACAAUUCUGAGUACUAUGCUUUCUGCUCCGAUCAAUUAUUUAGGAAUUCUUUCAUUCUGAAAUCAAUUACGUAUAAUGUGUCAGCUAUUCGACAGAUGUACACACCUAGGACUCCACUGACAACAAAUGAAAAUGCUUUCACUGUUGAUUUCUCACAAUCAUUUGAUUUCAGUGCAAUUGAUUAUUGUAUACUGCUUGAUGUUGAUAGGAAUCAAUGCCCCAGCAGUACAAGUGCCAGCUAUAGACUCAAUAUCGAGUUGAAACAAAGAAUGGACAUUCCGCUCCUUUCAUUUAUCAUUGGUGGCAUUUUGUUUGCAAUUCAUUUUGUGAUAACUAUAAUAGUACACAGCUGCUUUAGAAAAUGUCAUCGAAAGAAUUCUGGAGAUCUAAUGAUUAAUUAAAUUUAACUUAUCAAUACUUGUCAAUAUUAUAUUAAGCUAUAGCGAUGCAUCUGAACAAUUAUUAUUUCAUGUUCCGUUGUUCAUUAAUUUUGUAUAUACAUUGUAAGGGUGAAGUGUUAAUGUGUAUAAAUUAUAACAA